CAUAACGAAAAUAAAUUAUUUUUAUGAAUAAAAUGUGACGUUUUUCACGUCUCUUGUGAAUCGUCAUAAAUUAUAGUUACUUUUACUUUACUAAUACUUUUGUAUAUUCAUAAAUCCAAGAAGUGUAUUCCUACAAGUCAAUUGAAAAAAGAGGUAUACCUACAUGCAAGAGGAUUUCUUCACUUUGUACAUUUAUUAAUUGCUUUGUUUUUAUAUCAGCACUGUAAAUCAAUGGAUGAGGAUCCGAGCCGCAGUCUGCAGACAAAGCGCAGCUACUUAGUACAAGGACGUCCUGAUAACUAUUGCAAGUCUGACAUUAAUGUUGUCGGACAAAAUGAAUGCAACCUCUCUACAAAUGCCAGUCGAAAGCGUGACGUCCAUGCACAUCAGUCUGCUAGAAGUCUAGGGGAGUAUUAUAAAAAAUAUGAACACGACGAAGUGCCCGUUAAAGACUCGAACUAUCAGGACUUGACUACUGCAGGGGACAGAGGUUCUCUAACUAAUUCCGAUCUCGACAAAUUAGAAAUGAAAAUAUUUAAAAACAUGUCUCAAGAACUUCAGACGGAUGAUUACUCUAAUAGCAGCCUUGAUUCUAAUAUAAAGUUCUUUAGAACAACUGUGCAAGAAAUAUUCGAUAACUUUUACGCGAGUAUGCGGGACUUUGAACUUUAUAAGAAAAGAUUCCAUGAAAUUCUUGCGAAAAAUAAGGAGGAAGCGGUAGCUGAUAUGGAAGACUUCAUAAAAGAUAUGAUACAGCACAUCAUGUCUUCAGAAACGUCUUUGUCUAAUGAAAGUAGGAAAUCAAACGAUAAUGCCUCUAUGACACACAAUGACAAAGAAACAAAUAUAAGCAUCAGAGAUGAUGCAUCGAGUGUAGCUACCAAAACCUGUUCAGGAACUGACAACAUAAAUUCUGUGGUGGAAGCAUACAAAAAUGAUAAUUAUCUCACUGAUUCCACCUUAGAAGACCAUUCUUCUAAAAAUAAACGUCCAGCUACAAAAGAGGAAAUCUUCAAUAUUUAUUUACUUAGCGGAAAUCCAUGCGUGCAAAUCAAAAUGAAUGACCGCAAUUUGCUGUCAGAAAUUAAUAUUAAGGAGCCAGGCAUUCAUGAGUCUUUUAGCAAACACGUUGCGUCAGCAGAGAACAUUGAGAGACUAACGGCUAAGAAAAAAGAAUUGGAAAAGUAUGUCCAACAGCAACUGGAUACUUGUUUGCCCGAAAGAGAUAUACCUGUGAAAGUUUCAUAUGCAAAGAAAAAUAUAUACCUUAAUGAAGACUUUACUCAUGACCGCGAGACAGAAAAAUCCUUCAUAUCUAAAAUAUGCAACUUUUUGUGCAAGAAAUUCCGUAAAACUUCUUAAGUUUGCUGUUUUUAUGUUUUUGUAAAAUAAACACUUAAAAAAUA